UGUCUUCGACAGUAAAAAUAAUUCUCCAAUAUAUUCAUUUGAUCUCUUUUUAUCAAUUCGCUGUGUCUCUCAUAUUCACAAUUUUUUAUUGAUGUGAUUUCAUAAUUUGUAUAUUUCAUAUUUUUUCCAUAUCAAAUCGUGUGCAUUCGGUACGGGAGAUUAUUUAUGUGCGCGUGACAGUACCAACCAUAUUCAACCUCAGUGUGCCUAUAUAAUCAGUGAAUUGACUGACGAGAGUGUUAGUCAUAUUUCGACCGUUGAUAAUGACGCAUUAACUGUCUCACAUAGCAGUGACAACUACAACGACAACAUCGUUCACAAAUCAAUUUUUUUGCGGAUUGGGUUAUCGUGUGUUUAAGGCUGAAACGAAGGAUCAUUUUGUGAGGGAGAAAAAAACUGCUGACUCAAUUCGAAAGUCAGAAUAACGAAACGCGCAGAGUAAUCAUCAUCGAUCGAGUGACGAGUGUGACGGAGUGUGAGAGAGGAAGUAUUUAGAACAUAUAAAACCGAAACGACUACGGUGAACCUCGAAACGCACUGAGAAAUCGACCAAAUCGAAAUCGUUUUCAAAUUGUAAAAAUACAUUGAUUGUGCAUGUGUUGUAUAUUGGCAACGGCCGCAACAAUUUCAUACAGAAAGGAGUUCCUAUUUAUUGAACAGAAAAACCGUUCGAAGAUUUGACGAAGUCAAGUAGCUGAACCAGAAGGAAAGAAAACAAUUAUUACCAUACAUCAAAUCACAUUUUUCUGACGAAAAACAACUAAAUCAGACUACCACAAAGAAUGGUUAAAGGUAAAAAGCGUAAUAAAGAAGUCGAGUUCGAAACUGGAUUGAAAGGACGCUCUGGCCGCGUUGUCGUUGCGGCUAUUCUAAUUAAUUCUACCAUAUUCAUCCUAAAAAUUAUAGUAUGGAUUUUCACACAUUCGCACAGUAUGUUCGCCGAAAGUAUACAUUCGGCGGCAGAUACUGUCAAUCAAAUUAUCUUGGCGUUCGGAUUAUACAAGUCGGCUAAGAAUCCAAACAUUAAACAUCCUUAUGGUUAUGCGAACAUGAAAUAUAUUUCAUCGCUGAUAUCGGGUGUUGCAAUAUUUUGCGUUGGUACUGGAUUUUCAUUCUACCACGGAAUUGAUGGAUUGUCGAAUACAGAUGAAAAAGCUAAGAAGAAACAAUCGGAGUUCAUAUGGGCAUACAUAGUAUUGGGCGGAUCGUUUUGUUUCGAAAGUGUCACAUUGAUGAUGGCCAUUAUAAGCAUACGAAAAUCCGCUAAGCAAGCAAACCAAUCGUUUAUAUCGUACGUAGCCUCAGGUGCCGAUCCGUGUGUAAACGUUGUGCUAUUUGAGGAUUCGGCUGCUGUGGCCGGUGCAGGGGUUGCUGCGGUUUGCAUCGGUUUAACAGCCUAUCUUAAGUCAAGCAUUCCUGAUGCAAUUGGAUCGCUGUUGGUCGGUGUUAUGUUGGGAGCUGUUGCUAUAUUGGUCGUUUAUACUUCUGUGCCAGCUCUGGUUGGUCGCUCAAUCAAACUUGAUCAAUUGGACAAAAUCAAUCAAGAGUUGGAAAGUGAUGCAAUGAUCAAGGCCAUUCAUGAUGUCAAAGGUAUCGACAUGGGCAAUUCAAUGAUACGUUAUAAGGCUGAAAUUGAUUUUAACGGACGUGAACUGACUCGCAAAUAUUUGGAGGAACAUGAUAUUCGCAAAUUAUGGGAGGAGGUUAAAGGCUUCCAUAGUAUAGACCAAUUGAAUGAGUUUAUGUUACGCCACGGUGAAAAGAUUGUCGAUAUUAUGGGUGAUGAAAUCGAUCGUAUUGAAAUGAACUUAUCGAAAAAGUUCCCAAAAGUUCGUCACAUCGAUUUGGAAUUAGAGUAAAAAAAAGUACAAAGAGUAUAUUUUUUGUUUUUUUUUUUCUGCACGUGAGCAAAACUGUUUGAAAUUUUGCUCGGUCGUCGGGUGUUGAAUAUUUUACACACAUACGAUGACUUUACUUAUUCAACAGUUACACGAUAAAUUAUAUUUUUAUUAUUAUUCAUUAUGAUUAUCAUAUAUAUGAACAUAUAUAUAUAUAUAUAUACUUUUUUAAUUGAUGAAAUGACCUCAAUAUAUCUCAAAGAAAAUGUCACAUAGACAACGUAACAAACAAACACAACAACAUAUUUUAUUCAAACAAACAAACAUAUAUGAAACAACAGAAAAAAAAUCGAAUGUUUUAGAAAAUAUUAGUGAUUUUUUUUAAAUCGUCAUUAUAUUAUAACAUGAAAUAUAUCGAAAAGAGAAGUGCUUUAUAUAUGGCCUUACAAACUUAAUAAAAAAACAAAACAAGCAUUUUAAAUCGUCGAAAAAAGAGUUCUAAAUUGAUUUAAUUUACUUUAUAUCAUAGAACGAGAUCCGUAGUGGGUCUCAAAUCGCAUAUAUGAUUCGAUCACAUCAAAAGUAUCAAGAGAUUCAAAUGUUUUCCGUUUCAAAAUAUAUAUAUAUUUAAUAUUUUUUUAUUGACAGUUAAUACAUGUGCUCUUUUGUUACUUAAAAACAUAGUCCCUUCCAAACUUAUUCUCUUUUUUUUGUGAAAUUUCAACAGAGGCCCCUUGAUUCUUAUCCAUAGAAUUGAUCACGAUCAAAAUUCAAAGAAACGGCCACAUUCUUUUCUCUUCAAAAACAUAUGUACUGACAUAUUUUGUGGAUUAUGCUUAGGUAGUUAAUAAAAAAAAAAAUGUCAUGCAAAUCUUUUCUAUGUUCUGUUAUUAGUUUUGUGAGUUUUUCUUAUUAUUUUUUUAAAAUGAAAAUCAGAGUUAGAUUUUUUUUGUUAUUAUUUGUAUUUGGUGAUAGUUUUAAGCGGACUUAAUAUAUAUUGCGACAAUUUAUUAAAAGAAACAGAAAAUUAUGUUAAAGUUAAAAGUCAAUGUCGUCAUUAAUACAUACAUAUAUAUAUUUAGUCACACAAACACAAUCUAAUCCGAAAAUAAUUAUCAAUGUCAAAAAAACGCCAGAGAAAAUUUGAGAAAGAACAAGAAUUCAUGCAUGUGUAACAUCAACAUGAAAAUGUAUAUGUGCGCAGCGAACCAGCCGAGGGAGUGAAGAGAGGAAGCAACUUGAUUUAUCAAAGGCAACUUUGUGAUAUGCAAAAUGCGAAAAAAAAAAAACAUGAAAUUGAAAGAAACAAAGUAAAUUACAUAUGAAAGAAGAAGAUAAAAUAAGUAUAUGCUGCAAAAGUUAGCGCGAACAGAAUAUGAAGUAGUUUUUUUUAAGUUUUCAAACUGUACACGACUAUGUGAUGACACCACAGAGAUCGCCAGUCCAAAAACUAAAUAUUAACGAGAAAUAUAAUAGAAUAAUAAUUAGAGAAGAAAAUAUAUUAAAAAACUGUUUAGUACUUAGCAAAAAUAUAGCCAUUAACGCAUUAUUCAAUAUUUCCAAAACCAAUCAAUAAUAAAUAAAUAAAAUCCAAGCAGAUAUAUUUGUAUCAUGCAAACCGCA